AAGAGAAUAAAAGAUAAAACGAUGAAUAAGGAAAUGUUUGGUUCUGUCAUCAGUGGUCUGAAGAUAAAGAGAUUGUUUUGCAGUUGAAAUAUUGUCGGAAUUUUGAGAUAUUUAAAGAUCAGUCCUCUCUAUAUAUGUUCUAUUAUCUGCUUUUUUUCUCUCCUUAUUCGAACCCUUUUGUUGGUUUUCUGAUAUAUUAGUCUUCAGGUCUGAACAAAUAACUAUUUAUAUUUAUGCUGCAGGAUCGAUGGAUCGAUCAUAAUUAAUUGAUGGAGAGUAACAUUUGAUUUUAUUCCAGCUGGAAUUUGUUUCCUAUUUCAUUGUACUAUUCUGGUAUCACUUCACUAUAUAUGUUGCCCUUUUCCUCAAGUAAUAAUUCUUGAAAGCUAGCUAGGGUUCUGAGGUUGUAUAGCUUCCUUUCUGUGUUGUUAAUUGAGUAGCUGUCUGAAUUUUUGGCAUGUAAUUUAUUAGGGUUUUUAGGGUACUUAUUUACAUAAAUUUUGAACCUCCCAAUCCCAAACUUCUCCUUCUUCUUCUUCUUUGCAUUAUCAAUCUCUCACUUUUACAUUCUGGGCUCUCUUUUUCUUACAAGAUUCUGGUGAAAUUAAUUAAAAAAAUGGUGAGGGGGAAGGUGCAAAUGAAGCGGAUCGAGAACGCGACGAGCCGGCAGGUAACGUUCUCUAAGCGCAGGAAUGGGCUGUUGAAGAAGGCUUAUGAGCUCUCAGUGCUUUGUGAUGCUGAAGUAGCUUUGAUCAUCUUUUCUCAGAAAGGAAGGCUCUUUGAAUUCUCAAGUUCCAACAUGCAAAAGACGAUAGGGAGAUACCUAGAACAUGCGAAAGACAGAGGAACUAGCAUUGAAGUUGAACAACACAUGCAGCAUUUAAAGCACGAAGCAGCAUUCAUGGCGAAGAAGAUAGAGCUGCUAGAGAAUGCACAACGGAAGCUCUUAGGACAUAAUAUUGGAACGUGUUCGAUGGAAGAGCUUCAGCAAAUUGACAACCAGCUAGAGAGAAGCCUAAAGAACAUCAGGGCCAGAAAGCUUCAACUAUUCAAGGAGGAAAUAGAAAAGUUACAAGCAAAGGAAAAGUUUCUGUUAGAAGAAAACGCGAGGUUAAGUGACAAGUGCGGAAUGAGGGGAAGACAUGCAGCAGAAAAACAGAAAGAAAUUGGGAGAAACAACCAAAGUACAAGGUCGGAAGUAGUGACAGAAUUAUUCAUCGGCCCACCCACAAUAAGAAAUGCUUCUUAGACACUAAUAAUGUUUCUCAAUUUUCCUAUUACCCACCAAAAAAAUAGAUUGAUAUAUAACUAUAUAUAUAUAUAUGUAUGUAUAAAAUAUUAGUAUAUUAUUUAUUAAUAUGGGUUGUAAUAAUAUAUACAUGUUUUUAUUUCUUGGUUCUUUAUGUAUU